AUGGAGAGUGGCUCACGCCGCAAACAGCUGCGUCCAGCGCGAGUCGACGACGACGAGCAGUCGCUGUCGCCUACCGUAAGCCGAUCUACCGUAUUCGCUACCGAAAUGAGCGCUAAGCCCACUAAUGGGAUGAGAACACCCGCCGGUGAUGACGUCACACAGCCAAUGUUCGACAACAACGUGAAAUCGGAGGUAGACGAAGAGACGGGUAUUGAGAUGCUGUCCGGUGAAACCCGUGGUCCCUAUCCAGUGAAAGAGUUACGAGCAUCUAACAGUGAAGCUGAGAACGCCAUUACGGUAAUUUGUCUCUUUUUUGGAAUUACCCCUUAA